AUGUCUUCGAUCACUUUCAAGGAGCCCAACAGAUACUUCAUUGAGAACGUCAAGGAUGAGGAGGUUGUGUUAGGUGGCGAGAAUGGAGAGCAUCAGUUAGCUAUGCGACAUGCAGUGAUGAUUUCGAAAUGUCACAACGCCGUCAUACAUCUGAAGGGUAAAUGCAACAAGGUCGAGUUGGACCACUGCACUAAGGUGACAGUGAUUGUACCCGCGGUUGUAUCUUCGGUGGAUAUGCAGAAGAGUGCCUCUUGCGAAAUACACGUCGAACAACGCUGUCCUGGCAUCUCCAUCGAUGAUUGUAACAGUAUGAGCAUUUACGUCCCCAGGGACUCCAUGGAGUUCAUCGAAGUAGCAAGCAGCGGGGGUGGAAGCGCCAACCUCUUCGUCCCCACUGAAGAAGAUCCUACGGAAUUCAAGGAAUAUCCCAUCCCUUUCCAAUUUGUCCACAAAUUCAAGGGAUCGAAAUUGGUAUCAGAGGUCUCCCCUCUAUAUACUCACUAG